AUGGGCUAUUUCCAGAAGCGGAAUGUGCACUGCUCCACCACCAUCGAGGGCUGGCAUCGAUUUUUCUCUGAGAUGGACGCGGAUGAUAGUGGACGUGCAACUCUUGAAGAAAUGGAAGAUGCCUUUCGAAGAUGUUUAAGCCAGGCACGUGUCUCGCGCUAUGAACUGCUGAUGCUUUGGCGACGUCUAGAUCUGGAUGGCAGCGGCGAGGUGUCAUUGGAUGAAUUUGUGUUGAUGAUGUACAGGAACGAGCUAGCCAUGUGGCCCCGCAGCAGCGAUGCUGAGCUGGCCCGGGUGGUGAAGGUCGUCAGUGCCGCCAUCUCCAGGCGGCACCAUGUGGAGGGCAACUGGUACAAGGUCUUUCUCUUCAUUGAUCCCAAGGGCACAGGAACCAUUGUCUUCGAAGACUUGCAGAAGUUCCUGCGGGGCACAUAUCCCGGGUUACACCUCGAUCGAGAGGAGCUUCCCAAUGACGACAUGUUCCGCCUCUGGAAGGCUUUGGACACCACGGAAGGGAUGCGAGUUCCAAAGAGCGAAUUCAUGUCCUUUAUGCGGAGGUAUGGUGGAGCAUCUGGCAAGUCCGAGAAGGUCUCGAAGGCCGCAGUGCGUCGAAAUCAGCCCGACCGGCAAACAAAGGAGCAGCUCACUUCCGACGACACGCUGCGCAGAGUUCAUACAGACUCGGACCACAAGAACGAUGGGGAAGAAGCGGAACAGCUACCGGAGAGGGAGUCCUUGCAAUCAAGGCAGAAGCCCGGCUCCCCACAGUUGCGGCCCGGCACGGAAUCCACGCAUCCUCCCAGCACGGCGGCCAGCGCCCUGAUAUCCACUCCACGGCGAACGCCAGGCCUUACCGGAGUAACGGCUCCACCCGGUGAUGUCCGGGGCAUCGACACCCCAACGGGAGAGCAAUCGGAGGCAUUCGAUGUGUCCUUGUCACUGCAGAGACUGGGGGCACAAUCGGCGAUGAUGAGACAAUCUCACGGCACUUUUACCCCGCAGCGGACUUUUACCCCGGAGCAGGACCCUGCCCUUAAACUGGUGGCGGAACGCUUGGCAGAGGCCUUGAUGGCGUAUUUGCACAAGCGCGGUGUGCACUGCUCUACCACCAUCGCGGGGUGGUAUCGCUUCUUCUCUGACAUGGACGCCGAUGACAGUGGACGUGCAACUUUUGAAGAAAUGGAAGAUGCGUUUCAAAGAUGUUUGAGUCCGGGAAUCUCAGUAGCACAAACGUGA